GGUGUCACGCAGCUCGUCGGGGGAAGUUGUGGGCGUUCCUGCGUGUCCGUUCGCUGACUGUUGAUGCUAAGGAGCUUCUUCUCGAUCACGACCAGCAAACCUCUCCCGAUGUUUCUCCCUACGCUUGUAGAGGACAUGCAUCAUUUUAAACCUAGUCGAGACAGACUGUACACCACCCGGUGUUGUGGAUGUUGCCACGUCCGGACGGGGACUAUCAUCCUGGGAACAUGGUACAUGGUAGUCAACCUGUUGAUGGGCAUCCUGCUUACUGUAGCAGUGACCCACCCAGAUAACGUGCCGACCAUCGACUUGCAAUAUGAGGUCAUCGAUCAUUACUUUGCCUCCAACAGGAUGUCUGAGAGUGCUUGUGUUGGAUUUGCCAUCUCUCUGCUGAUGCUCACUAUCAGUGCCAUGAUGGUGUACGGAGCCAUUACUCACCGCGACGGCUGGCUCAUCCCUUUCUUCUGCUACCAGCUGUUUGACUUUGCUCUGAGCUGCCUGGUGGCCAUCAGUUCUCUCACCUACCUACCCAGGAUCAAGGACUACCUGGACCAGCUGCCGGAUUUCCCGUACAAAGAUAACCUCCUCUCUCUGGACUCCAGCUGCCUGCUGCUCUUUGUGCUGGUCUUCUUUGCCUUCCUCAUCAUCCUGAAGGCUUAUUUGAUCAACUGUGUGUGGAACUGCUACAAGUACAUCAACAACAGGAACAUGCCAGAGAUUGCUGUCUACCCUGCCUUUGAGACCCCUCCCCAGUACAUCCUGCCCACUUAUGAGAUGGCAAUGAAGAUGCCAGAGAAGGAACCACCUCCCCCUUACAUGCCCGCUUAAGCACCAGCACUAGUUGUUGCCAAAACACACACACACACACAUGCACACACACUCCCAUCAUAUGCAUUCCUCCAUUCCCUCACUAAGCCCUUUCUGAACACCAUUACGCCCUUGACCUACUGUGUAUGUGUAAGACCACUGAAGAUGCUUUGUUCAUCCCCACCCGCUGUAUUUCUGUAGAGGUGCGAGAGGAGAAAGGUGGGGAAGGUUGAGGUCUGUGUGAAAUAAAUAAAUACAUGAAUGAAUGUGAUGAGCAAUGGAAGCUACCAGCCCUUUUUCCCUCUGGCCUUUUUUAUGUCUUAGUAAAAGGGAUACAUGUGAAAAUUAAAUUGCUUGAAACGCUCUCAUCAAUCCAGCACCAUCCUAUCUAUAGAUUGAUAUAUGAGGUGUAAAAAAAAAAAAAAGAAACUAUUAUGACAAUCUGCUUAUUAUAGCUCUUAUUGUUGAAUUGUGUUACUUUUUCCCCUAAUUAUUAAUAUCUAGACUGUUCCAUCUCAGUCUUGAAUGGAGUCUGUAGCUUUUUUGUCUGUUAUUUAUUUAGCUUUGCUGUGGUUCAGUUCACACCCCACACCCCCUGACAUUUUCAUCACUCUGUGCUGCCCUGAUGUGUUAGCAAAGCUAGUGAACAGUUUUCCAGCUGAGUCUGAAAGAAAGAGAGAGAGGGAGGAACAGCAGAGGGCAGUGAUGGUGGAUCUCUGCUUCUUUCUCACCUGAUGUCUGGAGCAAACAGCUAGUCUUGUGAACAUUAGUAGUUGCAUGCUUAUCAACCUCCCCAUUACUUUACUGGUAAUAUGAUUUUAUCCUAGUGGAAAUACAUUUGACUUCAAUAAACAUUUCUGAUCA